GCGCAUCUCUGGCGCCCUCGUGUGGUAUUUGUCAAAAUGAUCCCUGAUCAGGCGCAGCAAUAUUACGUCAUCAGCACUUGACGCACAUCCGCAAGAAACCAACAAGCAAUAAUGCUUUUCUACUCGUUUUUCAAGUCCCUGGUGGGGAAGGAUGUGGUCGUGGAGCUCAAAAACGACCUGAGCAUCUGCGGGACGCUUCAUUCCGUUGACCAGUACCUGAAUAUCAAGCUCACAGACAUCAGUGUUACUGAUCCAGAGAAAUAUCCACACAUGUUAUCCGUGAAAAACUGUUUUAUCCGUGGAUCGGUGGUCCGGUACGUUCAGCUGCCCGCUGACGAGGUGGACACUCAGCUACUGCAGGACGCUGCGCGAAAAGAAGCAAUGCAGCAGAAGCAGUGAUGUGCGUGUGGAGGGGUGUAUUAUGACCGUGAAUUCAAGUUUUGAGUUACAUUCAAGAUGAGAUAGUUUGUGCGUCUCUUGUGAUUCAGCAGUUUUUGUCAUGGUCUCAAGGAACUCUUGAUGUUUGUGGUCAAUACUUCUGCAAUAGUCAUGAUUAGAAAUCUUCUUCGGGUCCAGAAGGCGUCAUUUGAAGCCGCCUUUUUGUUUUGUUUGAAAGAUUCCGGAGUAAAUUCAAUUUUUUGAGCCCUGUAGAGGUAAAGAUAUGUUUUAGUGUUUCUGUUGCUUUCCUUAAAAAAAUGAGGUUUUCUUUUUUUUUUACUAUUCCACUUAACACAAAAUAAAACGCUAUUUUAUUUA